GAAGACCUCCUGGUUCCUCAGCAGUGUCCCUUUGGUCAGCUUCCGAGUAAGAGGUGCUUGUGCGGUCCUGUCUGGCAGUUUCCCAAAGAUGUCUAUUGCCAGAGCUCUGGUGGCGAUGGCGGUGCUGGGGCUGACCUCGGGUGCCCCCAGACCGAACGUCUUCGGCCAGAGCUUCGCAGGAGGAAGCGCCAGCGGUGCCAGCGCCGGAGGGAAUGCGGGCGCCCGCGGGUCGUCGCCCUUCGCUGGUGGCGCCGUUGGGGGAUCGGGCGCUGCUGGAGGAUUCGGUGCGGGACUCGGAGGAGGAGACCUAGCCUCUCUCCUUCCCUUCCUCGAGAGCGAUUUCGAUCUAUUCGAGGCGCCUGAGUUCGAUCUGGAGCCUGAGGACUUGCUCCUCAGCCAGCUUGCAGGACUGGGAGGCUUCGGCUCGCUGGGUGGAAUGGGAGGGGGACUCGGAGGAAGGGCGGGAGGACUCAGCCAGCAAGGAGCAACGGCAGGAGGACGCGGGGGAAGAGCAGGAGGAGGACUCGGCCAGCAGGGAACGACAGCAGGACUAGACCAGCAGGGAGCAACAUCAGGACUCGGCCAGCAGGGAACAACAGCAGGACUCGGCCAACAGGGAGCAACAGCAGGAUUCGGGCAGCAAGGAGCAAUGGGAGGGGUAUUUGACCAGUUCGGAGGACUCGGCCCGCUGGGACUCUUCGAUGGCGAGGAGUUCCUGGACUACGAGGACCUUCUCUUGUCCUCCCUGUUCUAAGACGCGCAGGAAAGGACGAGGAGGAAGCGAAGAGGAGUUGGCCGAGGCAGCCUUGGAUAGUCAUUCGUGGGAAGCGAAGGGUGAGCUCCCGGGAGAUUUGGAAAUUGUAUAUUCCCAGCCGAAAGGGAAUUAUUUAUUAUUAAUGUAAGGAGAAACUGAUUCAACCUCUGCUCUUUCUUGUAGGCUUCUUUGAGUUAAAGGAAAUAAAGUGUCCUUUUGCAUCAAAAAGAUGUAAAACAUAAAUAAAUGAAUGUAAUUUA